AUGUGCCUGGAGGAUCUGAUGGAGAAGUGCCAAGCAGAGGGCUUGGCGCUGCCUCCCAAACCAACGAGGGGACUGCUGAUGAGGAUGCUUCGAGAGAACACGCCUCCCGACGGGAACGAGAAGGUGUGCUUCGGUUCCUACAAGCGGUACAAGUACAACGAGGUGAACGAGUCCUACCUGACGUGGGCAAUGCAGGAAGUUGCGGCCAAUCCGCAACACUCACCGGAUCUGGCACGGCUGGCUCGAUGGGCCCAAGCCCGCAAGCCGGCAACCAGUCACGGUGGAGUCGCCUCGGGCAGUGGGGAUCCAGAGCGUUCUCCUACCUUGCCAGUGCCAGCCGCAGCGCUUCCGACGGCGAAAGUCAAGGUGAAGGACGAGACCCAGAAGCACCAGAGGACUUCGAGGACCCGACCAAUCCCAGACGAGACCAGCAGUUUCUCGAUGGUUUCCGAACCGGAGCAGACCCUGGCCGAGGAGAUCGCGGACAUGGAGAGUCGUCUUCAAAUGAUGAAGGCAGCGAAAGAGGAGAUGAAGCGGAAGAUGAAGACUGGAGCGCACACUGGCUAUGUCACUGAGAAUGUCAACGUCCUCAAGAAUGACAUCACCACUGAGGAGACCUUCGACGUUGAGGAGAUCUUCGACCAUGAGGAGCGCUUUGACUCACAGAAUGCCGAGGUUUCUGAGGAUGACGACGCCUCUGACCCCAUCGACCUUGAUGAAUAUGAGACGGAUUUGGAGACCGGCUAUCCCAAGGUCAAGCUCUACUACCCUGAUGACUUUGAUGAGGUCAAGAACCUACCUUCGAGGAGGAUGAAAAGAAACCGUCGCAAACGAGUCAAAGGACUUGUACAUCGAGCUUUGGCAUGUUUGGCAACCACUUUGGUAGCCUUCUCAACGCCGGUGGUCGCUGAAUUGGAAGAGGCGAUCCUGGAACCUGCCAAAGAUCUAUGCAAGGCCAUCUUGGGGCCGAACACUUUCCAAGGGAAGCCUGAGGACUUUGCCUUGCUUGAGCUCUUUGCGGGCUCAGCGAAACUGACUACAGAGUUUGCCCACCAAGGCCCUAACGUCUUGGAGCCCCGCGACAUCAUGCUGGGCCACGACCUCUUUGACCAGUACCAGCAGGAGAGCGUCUUCAAUGACAUCAACUACAGGAAGCCCAAACUACUUUGGGUAGCACUCCCUUGCACGAAGUGGUCUCAGUGGCAGAGGCUCAACUAUGCCCAGCGUCGCCAACAACUCCGCCGAGAACGACAGAAGCAGCGGAGACUGAUUCAUUUUGCUGUUGAGUGCGCCUGGAAUCAGAUUGCCAAUGGGGGGGAAGUGAUGUUUGAACACCACCGUUUUUCCGAAAUGUGGGAUGAUCACUCCAUGAGCAGCCUUAUGGAGACCAACUUUAUGGUCUACUCCGACAUUGACAUGUGCCGCUAUGACCUGAGGGCCGCCACGGAUGGCGGUAGGCUCAGGAAACCUACAAGGAUUGUAGCCUCUGACCCCAAGCUACUGACGGCACUAGACCGUUCCUGCCAUGGAGGGCAUCAUCACACGCCCACAGAGGGCCGCAAUACCAAGGCAGCUGGAAUAUAUACGUCGGCAUUUUGCCGAGCGGUGGUACAAGGCUUUGACCACCAGAGACGUAGCAUCUGUGCCUCCGAGACCGAUGCGUCCAACAAGACCUGGAAUGCCCUCGUUGCCGAGGGAGGGGCCCCGCCGGAAGCUGACGAUUACGUGGAGCACAAGAUGACCGGCAUUGAGCUUCCUGGCCAUGUCCCCAUACCUCUGGCACGGGCACUUCGCAGGAUUCACCAGCUGUCCAACCCAGCCACGCGGAGACCCGCAAAACUGGUUAGACCUCUUGAGUUUAACCAAGAAGUGGCCGUCGACACCCUCAACUUGUACCUUGAUGGGCAUGAAAAGGUUGAGAUCUUAUCAGUUUUGGACUUGGCCACAGGUUACCAUGUGGUCAAGCGCCUGAACGGCCGCUUGUCAGUGGACCUCUUGAAGACGUUCACCGACUGUUGGCUUGGAUGGGCUGGCCCGCCAUUGAGGUUGUCCUGCGACCUGGAGAGGGGCUUCCUCAAGGAGUUCACCGAUGGUGUGGAGAUGGGUGGCACACAUGUGAAAUACAUCGUUGGCCAAGCACACUGGCAAGCGGGUGCCAUCGAGCGUCAGGGAGAGUGGUUCCGAGCCAUGUGGGACCGCACAGUGAAGCACUCCCUACCUUCCAUUGAGGAGGUGGACUACACGCUGGCUAUGGUGGCAGCUGCCAAGAACAAUCUACGCCGUAAGCAUGGCUACUCGCCAGCCCAGUGGUUGUUCGGAUCUCAGCCCAGAACUGGUGAUGCCUUCUUGGACGAGGAGGACAGCCUGCAUCAGAGAGAAGAACUUCGAUCUCCUGAUGAGCUCUGGAGGAGGAAGCAGACCAUACGACAAGCAGCGAGGCAGUCUUUUAUCCAGACCCAGGCCGACGACGCAUUGAAACGUGCUGUCCUAGGCCGACCUCGCACCAACAAUGAGAUCUUCGAACAGGGCGACUACGUCUACAUCUUCCGGGUCGACAAGACGACGGGAGGCAAAGCUCGCCAUCGACAAAACGCAGGUGAAUGGAUAGGACCUGGUGUGGUAGUCGGUAAAGAGGGUGCCUCUUACUGGGUAUCACGUGGGGGCCGCUGCAUAUUAUGUGCAGCUGAACACCUCCGACCUGCAGAAUCUGAGGAACUGGGCACCGCCUUCCAGACUAAGGCGGUCAAGGACGACCUCAUGAGACUGGCACAUCGCCUCGAGGACAGUGAGGAUGAGGACAUCUUUGCAGAUGCCACCGCACCCAUGCAUGCAAAGAGGAUCGUCAACUAUGACACAGUGCCAGAACGACGUGUCCGGACAAAGGGCACAGUGAGGAUGCAUAAACGACCAGUACCUCCUGGCGGUGCAGAGCAAGGAGCCCGAGAGAGGCCUUUGCCCCCGGUUCCUGAUGACGAUUUUGAAGCUUUGGUAGACAAGGAGGUUGAGGAGGCUGGUACGCCAGCACCAGCUCGGCAGGCCCUAGUCGCAGAGAGACGAACUCCGCGAUCAGUCAUCAAGCAGGUGGACAAGGAGAUCCGGUGGGACGACAUCCCAGAGAAGGAGCGACAUCUCUAUGUGGAGGCAGAGGCCAAGCAAUGGGAGGAACACAUCAAGUACGAGGCGGUUCGGGUUCAUCCACCUGAGGAUGCAGAACUUCUUCGCGCAAAAGUUCACCCCAACAGGAUUCUCAACGCCCGGUUUGCCUACCGGGACAAACAUGCUGCCAAACGACGGGAAGACUCUACAGUUGGCCCCAAGGCCAAAGCAAGACUUUGUGUAGGAGGACAUCGCGACCCUGAUCUACGCCAUGGAAUGAUCAACACCGAAGCUCCAACAGCGUCGCGGUGUUCCCUCAUCACGCUCCUGUUUCUGGCAGCACAGUUUGGUUGGCAACUAGCAGCUGGAGAUGUCGAAGCCGCCUUUCUCAACGGGGUCGAGUUCAAGCGAGGGCUCUACUUCGAAGUUCCUAAGCGCGGUCUUCCUGGAGUUCCUGCUGGCUCACUUGUGGAGAUUGUGAAAGGUGUGUUCGGCCUUUCGAACUCACCACGACUCUGGUGGGAUAAACUGGCUAAGGCCGGGACCUUCGACUACACUGGUGCUACCAUCAAACAGACCAAAGAGGCCAUCGAGCUCCACCAGACCUCCUAUGUGAACUCCAGGCUUGAGACCGUGGAGAUUCCAAAAGGAGUCGAUCCUGAUGAUUUGGCCGAUCAGGUGACGCUCCAAGACAAUAUGAGCACGGUUGGUGCAUUGUCUUGGUUGUCGUCUCAGACGAGACCCGACCUCCAAGCGGGAGUGUCGCUGGCCCAAAGGCGACAGAAAACUCCUACAUAUGAGGAUGUCAAAGCCACCAACCGACUGGUCAAGAUGGCGCAGUCUGCCAAGGAGGAACCCUUACGCUUCGUGAAGAUUGCGGAGAACCUUGCAGACUUGGUUCUCAUGGUGUGCCAUGACGCCGCCUGGGCCAACGCACCCUUCGACCCAGAGGUUGACGACCUUGCUGACGUGGCUGCCGCUCAUGGUCAAGGAGUAUACUCACAACUUGGUCACCUGCUGGUGAUGAGCAGCAAGGCUGCCAUUGAUGGCAAACAAUGUCCUACUGCUGUGGUAGGCUGGAGGUCUCAUGCCUGUCCCAGGGUAUGCCGAAGUACCUUCGCAGCUGAGACGAUGGCAGGGCUUGAAGGAUGGGAAGAAGCUCUCACCUUCAGAUCUUUCAUAGCUGGUGCCCUACAUGCAGAUCCAGCCCGAGCCCAAGAAGAUUGCGCCCGACAACUGUUUCCCAUCGUGUCGCUCACUGACUGCAAAUCUCUAUAUGACAAUGUGCACAGGGUGGGAGGACCCAAAGCACCUAGCGAGAAACGCUUAGUGGUCGACCUCACGGCCCUGAGAGCGAUGGUCAAUGCCGAGGCCAACUACUGGGGACAUUUGAUUCCUGGGGGCAAAACUUUGAGGUGGCUUCCCACAGGUGAUCAAUGGGCUGACGUCCUCACCAAGGUGAUUCACGUUCGCAGUUGGUGGCGGAACUUACGAGCUCACGAGUGUUCUUGGUGUCAAAAGACCGCUGUGCAGUUCCGGAUCACAAUGGCUGGUCUCAGGAAGUGGUUCAAAGAUAUCCUACUGAGGUCUCAACUCCACAAGCUGGACAUCAGCAAUGAGAUUGAGAAGCUCCUGGACAGCUCAGCAUCACCUGAGAGGCUCAGUGGCUUGGACAAUGUACCUGAACUGAUUGAGGAGAUGAGGUCUAAGAUGCUUCUACUUGAGGAGGCAGCUGCAACUCAGGAACUCAUAAUCACCAGGCUCAGGAAAGAUGCUGACAACAUGGAAGAUGAGCAGGAUGAGCUCAGGGCUUUGCAAUCUGAGCUGGCAAUGAAUGUGAACAAAGCUGAGUUGUACUGGAAGGAGAAGCUGUCUCAGGAUGCUCUGAACAAGGCAGUGUCAAAUUUGCAAACCAAGAUUGAUGCGGCAAUGGUCAAGAAGCUCCGCACGGCCGUGCGGUCGCGCGGGAUGCGCCAGUGGCUGGUCUUCGGGCCAGUUGAAAUCUUCCUGGAACGUCUUGAAGGAGACUGGGAUCGCAGCGGUGUCACGAAGCCGUGGCUUUACAAGGAUGCAUGGGCAGUGCAUGCCGUGUCAGGUGGAUUUCUGGCAAUCAUGCAGCAGUUGGAGGCCAGUGUCCCACAGAAGGACUACAAAGAUGCAGCUCCAGGACUUUUGGAUCAGUUCCGGCUUGGCAUCUUGGACGGGGACAUCUUGAGCUUUCUUGAGACGAACGUCCCGCCCAUCGCUCUGGUGAAUGUGCCUUUCGUCAGGAACAUGAUCGCGAGCAUUGAGCAGCGCAAAAUGCGGGAGGCACAGCAGACCGAACGUGAUCUGGCAGAGAAAGUCAAUCUUGCGCAGGUGGACCAAAUCAAACACAUGUUCUGGAAAGACAUGGAAGUGCUUCGGGCCCGUCUGCCAAACCAAGCACAUUCAGCCAGAGAGGCGGCUUUGGGCAAAAAGUACGUGGCCGACAGGAAGGGACAGGAUUACACAAGGGACUUUAUGGAGAAAUAUGCGAAGUGCAUCUUUCCGAAGACACAGGAUGCAUCUCAAGUGACUCAAGUGGGCAAUGCAUUCACAGAGGUCGCCGGCUUCAUCUCAAAGUGGUCCACAAGCGAAGGGGUCUCCAGAGUGUUCCUGUUUGUGCUUUGUGGUUUGGACACGUGUGUGUGGCCAAGCAAUGCCCACUAUGUGACGAAUUGCUUGAACACCUUCACCAAUUUGCGUGCGAUGUCGCCCAACAAUGGCGGGCACUGCCAGACUCCAGUCAUUCAGUCCCAGACCACGACGGAUGCAUGGAUCAAACACAGACGCAUGUUGGAAGAUGCUCUGAAGAAGGGCAAGAUGGACAUCACUGUGCCUGUGGCCCUCAUGUUCAACAAGACUGGCAACCAUGCGAACGACAAGCGGUGUGUCAAUCAUCCUUGCUUCUUCGUGACGAGCGUUGAUCAUUCACAGGGGAGUGCAUGGCAGGCCGCAUCUGCCGUGUCCAAAGGUCUGAUCGGCCCGUGCGCCCUCAUCAAGUGCACAGACAUGAUUGCAUACGAUCCAGACAGUCGUCAUGGCCCUGCUGCAAGAACGGAACAGUGCUGUGGCUGUUCCGCAGGUUCCACAAACAGGUAUGCAGAGUUUGGGCAUGCAGUUUUGGAGCGGAUGCUUGAGCGGCCGGUGAAGCGCCCACCAGUGUAUUACAUCGGCGUCUUCCGCGAGGAGCAGCGUGAUUGCCAGGCCGCGCUUGAGAAGAAGGUCUAUGACAGUUGGGACAGUUCAGAUCAAGCCCCGCCAAAGAGGCGACCAACUGAACCUCUUCCAGAGCCUAGCCUUGAGCUUCUCAGUUGGUGCAACAACGCUCCAGGAUUUCCAGCAUCGCUCUUGCAGAAGUUUGCAGAGGGCACCAAAUCCCAUGCAGAUGUGCUGGCAAUGGAAAAAGAGCUGAUCCAGGAGCUCCCAGAUGCAGAUCGUCAGACAUCGCGAGGGGCAGGGCAAGCUUCCUCCACUUCGGGUGCCCGGGCCACUGGUCGCCCAGACUACAGCAUUGACGGUGGAGGUCAGCUCUUGGAUAUCACGAGAUUGCUGGACAAGGAACAUGUGGCCGAAUCUGCCUUCAAUGUGACGAGGCCUGCGGGCAAGUUUUAA